AUGAUAUUCAAGACCACCUCUAUCAUUGCCGCCUUUGCGGCCAUUGCUGUUGCCAACCCCACCGUCGGCUACGCUGGCUACUUCUAUGCUGGUUGUAACACAACCACUGUUGAUCUCACGAAUGCCUAUGCUGGAACUGCCAGCUGCGUUAACAUCGAGGACUUCCCCAUCAAGUCUUUCUCUGCCUAUAUUGAGUCUGGCGAAUGCGCCGACGGUACCACCGCUGUUCUCAGCACUUACACUGCCUCCGGCUGUGAUGAUACAACUUUGUAUCAGACUGUUGACGUUACCAGCGCUGAGCAAUGCUUCGAGAUUGAUACUACCUUUGUUAGCGUCAAGGCCGAGUGUGUCUGA